AUGAAUCCUGAAUACGAUUACCUCUUCAAGCUGCUGCUCAUCGGAGACUCCGGUGUUGGAAAGUCUUGUCUGCUGCUCCGUUUUGCCGAUGACACCUACACUGAAAGCUACAUCUCGACUAUCGGGGUGGACUUUAAAAUCCGCACUAUUGAACUGGAUGGCAAGACCGUGAAACUUCAGAUUUGGGACACUGCUGGCCAGGAACGUUUCCGUACCAUCACCUCAUCCUACUACCGUGGCGCCCAUGGAAUCUGUGUGGUGUACGAUGUGACCGACAUGGACUCCUUCAACAACGUCAAGCAGUGGCUCCAGGAGAUUGACCGAUACGCCACCGAGGGUGUGAACAAGCUGUUGGUGGGCAACAAGAGUGAUAUGGAGGACAAGAAGGUCGUGGAGUACACUGUGGCAAAGGAGUUUGCUGAUAGUCUCGGGAUUCCCUUCCUCGAGACCUCUGCUAAGAACGCAUCGAACGUCGAGCAGGCAUUCUUGACAAUGGCAAGACAGAUCAAGGAGCGUAUGGGAACAGCCACCGUCAACAACAAGCCCACUGUGCAGGUUGGCCAGGGCCAGGGUGUUCAGUCUGGAUCGGGAGGCGGCUGCUGUUAG